GGGAGCAGCUCGAGUCUACUGGAGCAGGCUGGUGAUGCCAGAUGCCUGACUGGAGGCGGACCAAGCGGCCCGCUGCCUCUCUCCGGUCAGCCCGGCGCUUGGGUCCCUCGCCCUCACCUGCUCUUCGGGGAGGCGUCCGGCCAUGCGGCGGCUGUGGCCACUGGCCGUCUCUCUUGCCGUGCUAUUGGCUGCGGGGCUGAGCAGAGUCUCUGGGGGUGCCGCCCUGCCCGCGGGCCGGCACAGGGCCGAGGCCCAGGAGCAGCAGAGCCGGUCCAAGAGAGGCACCGAGGAUGAGGAGGCCAAGGGGGUGCAGCAGUAUGUGCCCGAGGAGUGGGCCGAGUACCCCCGGCCCAUCCACCCUGCUGGCCUGCAGCCCUCCAAGCCCUUGGUGGCCACCAGCCCCAACCCAGACAAGGAUGGGGGCACGGCAGGCCGCGGCCAGGAGCCUCGGGGCAAUCUGACAGGGACGCCGGGCCAGAGGCUGCAGAUUCAGAACCCCCUGUACCCGGUGACUGACAGCUCCUACAGAGCUUAUUGCAUCAUGGUCCUGGCCCUGGUGGUGUUUGCCGUGGGCAUCGUGGGAAACCUGUCGGUCAUGUGCAUCGUGUGGCACAGCUACUACCUGAAGAGUGCCUGGAACUCCAUCCUGGCCAGCUUGGCCCUCUGGGAUUUUCUGGUCCUCUUUUUCUGCCUCCCGGUGGUCAUCUUCAAUGAGCUCACCAAGCAGAGGUUGCUGGGCGACGCCUCUUGCCGGGCCGUGCCCUUCAUGGAGGUCUCCUCACUGGGAGUCACCACCUUCAGCCUCUGCGCCUUGGGCAUCGACCGCUUCCACGUGGCCACCAGCACCCUGCCCAAGGUGAGGCCCAUCGAGCGGUGCCAAUCCAUCCUGGCCAAGCUGGCCAUCAUCUGGGUGGGCUCCGUGAUCCUGGCCGUGCCUGAGCUCCUACUGUGGCAGCUGUCGCAGGAACCUGCCCCCACCACGGGCACCCUGGACUCAUGCAUCAUGAAACCGUCAGCCAGCCUGCCCGGGUCGCUCUACUCGCUGGUGAUGACCUACCAGAACGCCCGCAUGUGGUGGUACUUCGGCUGCUACUUCUGCCUGCCCGUCCUCUUCACCGUCACCUGCCAGCUGGUGACGUGGCGGGUGCGGGGCCCUCUGGGGAGGAAGCCCGAGUGCCGGGCCGACAAGCAUGAGCAGUGUGAGAGCCAGCUCAACAGCACUGUGGUGGGCCUGACGGUGGUCUACGCCCUCUGCGCCCUCCCCGAGAACGUCUGCAACGUUGUGGUGGCCUACCUCUCCACGGAGCUGACUCGCCAGACCCUAGACCUCCUGGGCCUCAUCAACCAGUUCUCCGCCUUCUCCAAGGGGGCCAUCACACCCGUGCUCCUCCUGUGCACCUGCAGGCCGCUGGGCCAGGCCUUCCUGGGCUGCUGCUGCUGCUGCUGGGGGGGGUGCGGCGGCGCCUCAGCCGCCCGCGCCUCGGACACCAAGCUCAAGGCCGCCGCGCCCUCCUCCAUCUACUUCCACAAGCCCAGGGAGUCGCCCCCGCUCCUGCCCCUGGGCACGCCUUGCUGAGGCCAGGCUCCAGCCUGGGAGAGGCACGGGGGCAGGGGCACGGAGGGGCGGGGAGGGCGCCCCCCCCCCCCCCAAGCCUGGGUCUGGUGUUUCUGCCCCCAUAGGUCUCGCUUCUCUGCCGUCUUGCUCUCUAGUGAUGGACUUGGUUCCUCCUGCCGGGGUUUGGGUUCAGGCACAGCAAAGCCCCCUCCGUCAGCAGGACCUUCGCUGUCACUCUGUGGGGCCUUCCAGCCCUGGGCUCUCAGCUGGUGGGUGGUGAUGCUUCCGGGUCCUUAGAACUGCCUAGAAACUCUCAGUCCCCGCCCCUCUGCCCCCCCCCCCACCUCCAGCUGGGAGCCAGAACUUCACCUGUCUCGGUCUUGGAAUCUGCUAUACUUUAGUUGGGCCCUCUCUAAGUAUCAUCUUCCUGACACUCAUCCAUCCUAGAAUAGGGGGUCCUUUGGGGGUCAGCCCUACCUGGCUCUUCUCUGGACCAGAUCUUCCCCAGCCUUGGACACCUCCUCUUCCUCCUGGCAACUCCCCUCCUUCCAGAGGAUUUCUCUCUCCUUCCUCUUCCUUCUUUGACAUAUCCUGGGUUGCCCUGUCCCCACCUCCCUUGGUGGGUCCCCCUCUGUAGCAGGCCCUUCUUCAAAAACAAUAAACUAGGUAGAACUAUC